GCGCACAGAUUCACAUGUUGUGCUAAUGUAUAACAACCACUGUUACUCGUGGAAAGGUCUGUAAAGAUGCGAAUUAAUAAUUUUUUACAGAAAACAGACGAAACCUGAUUUUACGAACAAAAAUGUCAGCUCCUGCUAUCCGGAUGUUUCGGCGUUUGGAGGGUCUUUUCUGUGUGUACAAACCCUCCGGUGUUCACUGGAAACUCGUCAGGGAUGGCAUCGAGACAAAUGUUCUUAAAGGUUUGAACAGCACACCAUCAAAGCCACUUCCUCUGGAGGUCCGGUUCUCGAUUCCUGCGAACUGUGAGACUGAAGUACCCCAAGGACUCACUCUGUCUGCAGCCUCUGUGCCAGUCCUGUCCAAGCACCACCUGGUGACUGGACCUGACUACCAGCACAUCAAAGUUGGAGUGGGACAUCGGCUGGACGUGUCCUCCUCUGGUGUUCUAAUUCUUGCCCUUGGACAUGGAAACAGGACCCUGGGUGAUUUCUACAAAGCACGAGUCACAAGAGAUUAUACUCUGGAGGGGGUAUUUGGGAGUGCAACAGAUGAUUUCUCUCACACAGGCCGUGUUGUGGAAAGGUCCACCUAUGGCCACAUCACGCAGGACAAGCUGGACAAAGUCUUGGCAAUGCUGCAGGGAGCCAAUCAGAAAGCCAUGUUAAUGUACUCCAACAUCGACAUGCACUCACAGGAAGCUUAUGAGCUGGCAGUGAAAGGUUUACUUGGUCCAGAUGGAAAAUCACAGCCUAUUCUUACAGGCCUGCGUUGCAUUCACUUUCAGCCACCCAACUUUACUUUAGAAGUGCAGUGUCUAAACGAAACCCAGAAAUACUUGCGCAAAGUUGUGCAUGAGAUAGGACUGGAGCUGCGCAGCACAGCGGUGUGUAAAGGAGUCAGACGGACCAGAGAAGGCCCCUUUACCCUGCAGGAUGCCCUGCUCCGUCACCAGUGGACUCCUUCUGAUGUCCAGAAGGCCAUCGAACAAUACCACUUGUCUAAAAAAAGACAAAGACAGUCUCGCUCACCUACCAAAGACUCGGCAUCUGAGGAUGCAACAACAGACAGUCAACAAAAUGAAACGGGCAACAAGAACACAGCAGCAGGUCAGAUUGUAUGACUUACUGCUGUCUGGUGGAUUAAAGAAACAACAGUUCUGCCGUGACUUUGAGCGCAAUCAUUGUAUCAGCUGGACAUAUGCAUCAGAGACCCUGCCUCCUCACAGAAGAAGUGUUGAAUUUAUAUUAUUAUUCUUAUGUAUACUUUAAUUCUCCUUUCUUAGAAGAUGGUUGUUGUAACUUGUACAUGUUCUAAUUUUGUUUGAUGAUAGGUGGGUCUUAACAGGUUCCAUAGAUCUGAACAAAUAUUGUUCUCUCAUUUCACAAAUUGAUCCUAUUUCUGCAUCUACUGAAAAUGAUAAAAAAUUAUGGCACAGUG